CCCGUAUCUAUGUUCCUAAAUCCUUGUCAGUACAACAUCCCAAAAUCCCCAAUUCCUAUAAGAAAAAAUGGCAACAUCGGCCUUCAAGUCCGGUUCUAAAAGAGGAGGUUCUUCAGAGAAUUUCAACUCCAAUUCCAAUUCCUCUUCUAAAAUCCCAUCUAGAAGGCGGUCUUUGAGUGUCAGCGCUGUGUCCAGAACACAAUCUGGAGAAUUCUCAAACAAAAGAGACAAUCCUCUCUUCUGGAGCUCCACAUCGCCUCCUGACCAAGAAAUCGAACCCGAUCCUGGGAAAGUCGAUAAAUCCGCGGCCAAGUCGUCAAAAAUUAGUGGGUUGACUACGAAAGAUGCGAGUGUCGGAGAGAGAGGACGGUCGGCGAAGCGAAAUUCCGGUGCCGGGAGCGAAAAAGGAAUCGGUCGGAGUCUGUCGCGGGUGCGAGGUCGGUCUGUGUCGAGGGGACAUUAUGGAAACUCUGAGAGUGAAGUGGAGCAAGAAUCUGGUAUUUUAUCGAAUUAUCGAAACAGAAACGAUUUGAAUCUGGCUUCUAAUAAUGCGAGAGAAGUUAAUGCAGUCAGAACUGGGGCUGAUGGACCGACCCAGAUGAACAAUUCAGAAAUACAAUCCAGUCAGCAUACAUCUUUUUUGGGUUCGGAUGAUUCUGCUUCUACUUUGCAAAUUCCGUACUGGGAAGAUCGGAUUUCAACUGGUUCAUUAUCUGAAGCCGAGGAGAAAACAAUCAAAGCUGUCUUCGAACAGAUGAAGGUGAGGUGCAUGUUUUGUUUUGGCCCUAGACCAGCCAUAUGGGGCAAGAUGUAAUUCGAGGCUUAGCUUGUCUACCACUAGUUUGGAA